GAAAAUUAGAAGUUCGGUCGGUAACAAUAUGACUUCAGCAUCCUCUUAAUAAUAUAAUAUUAUUCCAAAUGCCAGUAGUUGAUGUCAAGAGUGCUUAAAAAUAAUAUCUGACUCAAGUGUUUUCCCGAGAGCUUAUUACGAUCUUCAGACAUAAUUCUACCAGCCUUUGAAAAUGGCCUCUCAGCUGGGACGACGUUCCUAUGAGAGUCAAACUCUUGGUGGCUAAAUCUUGGCUAAAAGGUUGUUCUGUUUUUCGAAGUUCCGACUGUCAUGGGACAGCACCCUAAAGAUGUAAGUUAUGUGCAGAACGCUCUGCGCAGCACAUGACGCGUGUAAACCUAACCUAACCAAAUCAUACAAAAAAGGCGGGUUUCGACUGCAGAGGAGCAAUAAUGACAGCCUAUGACAACCUGUACAAACACGCUAUUUACUUAUCUAUAACUGUUGAGAUUUUGUUCACGUUACUUAAUUAUUAGUGUUUAUUCAGAAUUAGUAGUUAUUUAUAAUAUAUUACACAAAUACCGUUGCAAUUCGCUGUUUAUUUUCGAUAUGGAAACUUUGCAAAACACGGGAGCUUUUCGUCCCAAAGCGAAUAACAAAAGAAAUCCAAAUCAAGAGGCCAAUGCUCCUGGAGAAAAUGCAUUGGGAAGAUUAUUGGAAAUCAAAGAGGACAUUAGGAUUGAUGGUGUGUAUGGAUUUCGAAGAGUUACUGAUUCAAGAGAGAGAAUAGGAUUUUUGCUAAACAUGCAUGCGACUGACAUUGUGGAAGAUGAUAAGCGUAUGUUAAGUGGUGUGGAUUAUUAUUUCAUAGAAGAAGAUGCAACGAGAUUUAAAGUAUCCUUGCCAUAUUCACCAUAUUUUUACAUUUUAUGUCGUAAAAAUACCUUUGAAGAAGUGUCAACGUUUUUAUCUAAGAAGUAUACAGGAAUUUUGGUGAAAAUUGAAACUAUUUACAAAGAAGAUCUUGACUUGCCUAAUCAUUUGAUUGGUUUGAAACAAAAAUAUCUGAAACUUUCGUUUGCAAAUACAAUUGAUUUAAUAAAAGUUAAGCGCGACAUUAUGUGUGUUGUUAAAGUCAAUAAGGAACGAGAGAAGAGUAAUACUUAUUAUACAGACAUGCUAGCAACUACGUUGCAACCAACUGAACAAGAUAACAGGCAAAUUUUAGAUCACAUGGAUAACAUUCUUGAUAUUAGGGAAUAUGAUGUACCUCAUCACAUUCGAGUGUCUAUAGAUGCUAACAUAUUUUGUGGAACUUGGUACUCUGUAAAGACCAGAGGUAAUGAACCACCUGUUAUUGUGCGAAAAGAAGACAUGAUUGAACCACCUGAGCCUAUUGUGUUAGCAUAUGAUAUUGAAACUACAAAACUGCCAUUGAAGUUUCCAGAUUCUAGUUUUGAUCAAAUUAUGAUGAUAUCAUACAUGAUAGAUGGACAGGGCUACUUGAUAACAAAUAGAGAAUUGGUCUCUGCAGAUAUACAAGAUUUCGAAUAUACACCAAAACCAGAAUUUGAAGGUCCCUUCACAGUGUUUAAUGAGCCUAAUGAGAAAGCAGCAAUAACAAAGUUUUUUGAUCAUAUCAAUGAAAUAAGGCCGCAUAUAUUUGUAACGUACAACGGUGAUUUCUUCGACUGGCCAUUUGUUGAAGCUCGAGCAGCUGUACAUAAUAUGGACAUGAAAGAGAGGAUUGGUUUUUCUAAAAACCGUGAUGAUGUUUACGUCAGUAGAGCUGCUAUGCAUAUGGAUUGUUUGUGUUGGGUAAGACGUGAUUCUUACCUCCCGGUGGGCUCCCAAAACUUGAAAGCUGUUGCUAAAGCAAAAUUGAGAUAUGAUCCUGUGGAGCUCGAUCCUGAGGACAUGUGCAGAUUAGCAUCAGAAGAACCGGAAGUACUUGCAAACUAUUCCGUCUCUGAUGCUGUAGCGACAUUUUAUCUCUACCAGAAGUACAUUCAUCCUUUCAUAUUUGCGUUAUGUACCAUUAUUCCUAUGGAACCCGACGAAGUACUCAGAAAGGGAUCCGGCACACUGUGCGAAUCGCUUCUCAUGGUACAGGCUUUUGAAGCUAAUAUUAUAUUUCCUAACAAACAAGAAACCGAGCUGAAUAAAUUGACAAAAGAUGGCCAUUUGCUGGAUCAAGAAACUUACGUAGGCGGACAUGUGGAAGCUUUAGAAUCAGGCGUUUUCAGAGCUGAUAUUCCUUGCCGCUUUAAAAUUAUACCAAGCGCUGUAAAUGAAUUAAUCAGCGGUGUGGAAAACGCCUUAAAACACACGAUACAAGAAGAGGAGAAAGUGCCACUUGAGAUGGUUACGAAUUUUGAUGAAAUAGUGAACGAAGUCAAAGGAAAAUUGGGGGAACUCAGAGAUCAGCCACUGAGAUUGGAAAACCCUGUAAUUUAUCACUUGGACGUAGGCGCUAUGUAUCCGAACAUUAUUUUGACUAAUAGAUUACAACCUUCCGCGAUAGUGAACGAAAUGGAUUGCGCAGUAUGUGAUUACAACAAACCCGAUGCUCUUUGCCAAAGAAAGAUGAAGUGGAUGUGGAGAGGCGAAUAUCUGGCUGCAAGUUUGGGUGAAUAUCAAAGAAUAAAGCAACAAUUGGAGACCGAAAAAUUUCCACCGCAAUUCCCUGGCGGUCCUAAGAGAGCUUUUCACAAAUUAACAACAAAGGAGCAAGCUGCAUUUCAGAAAAACAGGCUUACAGAGUACUGCAAAAAAGCUUACAAGAAAGUCAAAAUUACCAGAAUGGAAGAGAGAAUGCAAACAGUCUGUCAGAAGGAGAAUUCGUUUUAUGUAGACACCGUGAGGGCAUUUAGAGAUAGAAGAUACGAAUAUAAAGCGUUAACUAAAGUCGCCAAGCGACAAGUAGCAUCGGCAGUCGCGAAAGGCGACGCGGGUGACAUAAAAUCUGCCAAGAAUAGAGAAAUUUUGUACGAUUCUCUACAACUCGCUCACAAAUGUAUCCUCAAUUCUUUCUAUGGCUACGUAAUGAGAAAAGGAGCACGAUGGCACAGCAUGGAAAUGGGAGGGAUUGUAUGUUACACGGGAGCUCACAUUAUCAUGAAAGCUAGAGAAAUUAUAGAACAGAUCGGCCGCCCACUCGAGCUGGAUACCGACGGUAUAUGGUGCAUAUUGCCUGCAUCUUUUCCAGACUCAAUUGUAGUUCACACAACUCAUGAAAAGAAACCGAAAUUUACGAUUUCUUACCCGAACGCGGUUCUUAAUUUCAUGGUGAAGGAUCAAUUUACCAAUGAAGUGUAUCACGAGCUUGUGAGUAAAGAUGAUUUAACGUACGAGAUUAAAAAUGAGAAUUCCAUAUUUUUCGAAGUCGACGGUCCGUAUCUGGCGAUGGUAUUGCCGGCUGCCAAAGAAGAGGGAAAGAAAUUGAAGAAGAGAUACGCGGUUUUUAAUUUCGACGGUUCGCUCGCCGAACUGAAAGGAUUCGAAGUGAAAAGGAGGGGUGAGCUGCAGUUGAUAAAAAUCUUUCAGGCUUCCGUUUUUGAAUCUUUCUUGAAGGGCAACACGCUGGAAGAGUGCUACGCUUCGGUUGCAAAGGAUGCGGAUUAUUGGUUGGAUUUGCUUUACAGCAAGUGCGCGAACAUGCCCGACUCUGAAUUAUUCGAACUCAUAUCCGAGAACAAAUCUAUGUCGCGCAAGCUGGAAGACUACGGCGCUCAGAAAUCAACGUCUAUUUCCACGGCUAAAAGAUUAGCCGAAUUCUUAGGCGACGAGAUGGUCAAAGACGCGGGUCUCGCUUGUAGAUACAUUAUAGCGAAUAAACCGCAAAGCGCGCCAGUUACCGAACGCGCGAUACCGUUGGCGAUCUUCCAGUCGGAACCAGCCGUUCGAAGGCAUUAUCUGAAAAAAUGGUUGAAAGAUCCCACUUUGUACAGCGACGACAUAAGAGACAUCUUGGACUGGAACUACUACAUCGAGCGACUUGGGAGCGCUAUUCAAAAGAUAAUCACUAUACCGGCAGCGAUGCAGGGCCUGCCGAAUCCAGUUCCCCGGGUGCAGCAUCCGCCUUGGUUACUUAAAAAAGUGUCAGAGAAGAAUAUGUCUCAUCGUCAGAAGAAGAUCACGGACAUAUUCGCCGUAACAGCUAGAGAGACGACUGCUCAGAACGCCGGAGGGCCCCGCGAUAUCGAAGAUCUCGCGGUACCGUCAACCAGCAGCAAGAAUCCGUCACUUCCGAUCGUCAGUAGAAGAAAAAGGCAGCGUCCGGAGGACGACGAAGUGAUCAGAGCCAAAAGUUGGAAGGAAGCUCUGGGUUCACCACCUCCCAGGGGAUCGACGAGAGAGGAGAGGAUGAAAUGGUUGGAGUUUCACAAGAAGAAAUGGGCCUUUCAGGCCAGACAGAGGGAUCAGCAUCGGCGGAAGAGAAGCCGAACGGGUGAGAGCGACGGGAUCCCCUGGGGAGUUAUACGAAACACAAACACGUCGACUAUGACCGGCUUUCUGAGACGCGCUCAGAGGAAAUUGCUCGAGACUCCUUGGCAGAUUGUUCAGCUGUCGGAGAGCGGCGAGCCGGGCAUGUUUCGACUGUGGAUACUGGUCGACGCGCAACUGCACCAGGUGCGUCUCGUGGUACCGCGUGUGUUUUACGUGAACGCGCGCAAAGCGAGGCCCGAUCCGGGGCCCAAUGCGCUCUGGAAGAAGAGCUUCAAGUCUUUACCGCGUUCGCGUCCGGUGUACAACUUGUAUCAGUACUCGUUGCCGGAGUCUCUGUUCCAAGAGCACAGUCGGGAGCUCCUCGCGGAUCUGAGUAAACCAGAAAUCGAAGGGAUCUACGAGACGCAGGUGUCGUUGGAAUUCCGAGCGAUAAUGCAACUGGGAUGCGUGUGCGCGGUCGAUCCGCGUGCCGCGCGUAGAAUGGCGGACGGCGCCGACACCUUCACCUUGGAUCAGCUGGAAUUCAAGAGCAUCGCCGUCCAGCAUUACUUCAAAAGAGCCGAGUCGAUCAACUACAUCUUUCUUUAUCACCACUGGAGCUCGAAUCGUCAAAGGGCGUUGUGGGGCUUGUUUUUGAACGCCAGCAGGAAAAGUCACAUAUUCGUCUUGGAUUCGGUGGCUUCCAAUCAACUGCCAAACAUGAAUGUGUUGUACUCGCAGGAGCGCAAGGCGACGUUGGAGAAAAACGGCGAGGAGAAGAUAAGCAGAUUGCCGAAAACUAUGCAGUUCACGAUACAGACGGAAACAAGCUUUCAGCAGGUGUGCCGCACGCUGCAAACGGCUUUGACGACGUACAAGAAUGAGAGCCACGGCGCCACGAUUAUCAUUAAUCAAACCGCUCUCGACAGGACGGCGCUGACGACCGAGAUGCCGCUGCUGAAUGAAUUCCCUCUCGUCAGCACGCACGUGCGAGACGUGGAAAAUCUGUACGGCACGUUGGAGUGGCAGAAGGUGGGGGCGAAGAUGAUGGUCAGGCACUACCUGAAGAGCCAGCAGAUCGUCGAACUGAUGAUAGAACAAUGCCGCUUCUUCCACGCGCCUAUCGGCAACGUACCCAUAGAUCCCACCCUCUUCGGCGCGGAUCUGUUCUACGCCAGGCACUUGCAGAGGAACAAUUUCGUCCUCUGGUGCUCGCCGACGGAGAAACCCGACUUGGGCGGCAGCGAGAACGACGAUAACAGGCUGCUGACGGACUUUGAGGAAAGUUCGAGUUGCGCCGCGAACAACUCGGGCACGUAUUCCAGCGUAUGCGUGCAGCUGGACGUGGAAAGCUUGGCGAUCAACGCGCUGUUGCAAUACUACCAUAUUCACGAUGUAGAUGGAACCAAUACGUUUGUGACGUUCCACAAUCAACAGCGUCCGUCUGUUCAGGAUAUAGCGACGGGGGAUACCGCGACAAUUAUUCCCAGCUACGACGAAAUCACUCUGUGCAACCCAGCGUUUAAAACAUUGCGAAGCAUGGUGAAUGCGUGGUUGCUCGAAGUGUCGCUUUACAAAAACGUAUUCGCAGAUUAUCAGUUGAUCCACUUCUAUCGAUGGCUGAGAUCUUCGAAUGCUUUGCUUUACGAUCCUGCUCUGCGUCGCACUCUACACACUUACAUGAAAAAGUUAUUCAUACAAUUGAUAGCAGAGUUCAAGACAUUAGGUUGCAUCAUAGUGUUCGCAAAUUUUAACAAAGUCAUUGUGUGCACAAAGAAGAGAUCCGUGAGCGAUGCUUUAGGCUACAUAGAAUUUGUUGUUCAAACUAUAAGGAACAAGGAAUUGUUCCACAGUAUCGAAAUUACGUACGAUCAAUGUUGGGAAUAUCUAAUAUGGCUUGACUUGCACAAUUACGCUGGUAUUAAGGGGCAAUUAUCAAAGCAUAGAAACGAUGAUACCAGAGAAAAUGAGAAUACUGCAGACGAUACUGAUGACACGCCUCAAAUAGUAAUGAAUUGGAGCUUGAUGGAGUGCCUGCCACAAGAAGCGGGAUGCCAAGCGAGUUUCAAUGCUGUGACAGCAGGAUAUAUAAACGCAGUGUAUCAGUGUAUGAUGGAGACUGAAACGAAUAAUACUGUAAGGCCGAGAAGACAGAGCCAAAGUCAGUCGGUUGUAGGACCGCUUGGUUUAGGCGCAUUGGAAAAUACGGCGGAGUUUGCGAAGAAAUUAAUAUCAGGAGAAAUGUCCCAAAAAUUAUUCAAAAUAGCGCAAAAGAUACAUCGGAAUUUGCCAGAAAAAACAUUAACGCUCAAAGAAUAUCCCAAUUUGGAUAUGGGUGGAAAAGAAAGUAUAAAGAUUAACCCCGCUCUUGAAUUAAUCAAAGCAAUAUGCAAGGUUUUAUCUCUGGACAAAGUUGUAGAACAUGAAGUUUUUGACUUGAAAGCAAAUCUAUUACGGCUGAUUGGAGUUGGCAGCUACGGCGAUAAUGUCGAGUGGAAGGAACCAUGCAUCUCUCUCAUUCUACCGGAAAUUAUAUGCAAAGCGUGUAAUCACACGAGAGAUAUUGAUCUUUGUAAAGAUCAACAUUACACAAUUGAAAAUAACAGGCACAUGUGGAAAUGUCCUUUCUGUGAUACUUCUUACGAUAAUACGGAAAUAGAAUUUUUAUUAAUUGAUAAAUUAAACCGCAAAAGCAUGGGUUAUAUAUUGCAAGAUCAACAAUGUCGAAAGUGCAAGGAAAUUAAGCGAGAAAAUAUGAACCUGCUGUGCUCUUGCUCGGGCGAGUACGAUAAUUUAAUCCCGUAUGACGAGAUCACAACGUUUACAAAUAUAUGUAAAUCAAUAGCCAACAAAUGUAAAAUGAAUCUUUUGGCGGAGAUAGUGGACAAUACAAAACUCUUCGCAAGUUAAUGAAAGAGACUGAAAUAAUACAUAACUGUAGUAUAAUAUAUUUUUGGAUGACUUUUACGAUUACUUAAUAUUUAAUAAUUCAACCGU